CCUCGACGUGUCUCCCUACGUCUGAGUACCUCCUCUUCGCUUGCCCCAUCGUCAAUGGACCUUGAGAGCCAUAAUGCCACGACUAUCACUAUCCUUGACGUCACUCUCUCCCUUGUGCAUAUACCCCGCUCCCGCCUUGUGGAGCUCAACCGUCCUAUCCUCAAGCAACUCCUUCGCAAAAACCCAAAGUUUCUCAACCUCACCGCUAACGAGAUAGAGCUCAGCAUUUUCGCAGAGGAGGACGAGCUGAGCGACUUCGAGCCAAUAGCACGUAAAGACCGUCAAAAGCAACGUCUUUUAGACAGGGCGGAUUCUGCGUCCAGUUCAGCCAGCCGCCGUCGCAAACGCUCGACCCGUUUGCUCGACGUCCCGGAACCCGUCGAGAUCUCCUUCGAGAGGUGGAAGGUGCUGCAAAUUGACUCACACGACGACAGCCACAGUGAUUCCGGUAACCGCGUACGGGAGCUCUCUGCACCUCUUGCUGCAGCUGGCAUUUCAAUUCUUUAUCAGUCCUCGUAUCUGAGUGACUUUAUCUUCGUGAAGGCUUCACGAUUACCCGAGGUUCUCAAUCUUCUAGGCGAUAGUGGAUUCACGUUGUACAAUGCAAACCCAUACCAGGAACUAUCUUCAAACUUACCGCAAAGCGUGCGUGAAAGGUUUGGCGACGGCGACAAACAAUUCGCGCAUCUCCAAGAUGAGAUGAACAGCUUUUCAUUAAGUCAGCCGGGAUCGCCAGGAGCCAUGUCCCCGGCUGUCUUAUCACGCACUCGAAGCCCGUCUGUCGCGUCCAUCGCUGUGCUCUCGAAGGUUAUCUCGAAGUCAGGCACAAUUGAAGGAUGUUCAUCGUACACAUCGAUGACGCACGAUCCGAAGACAGACGAUUCUCCUAUUAGCUCUUCAGUAACCUCUCGUGCUUCGCGCACUCCAAAAAAGUCGAUGAGCCCCACGGCUGCUCCUGUCGAAGUCCUCGCUCCCGAUCUCGCUUGCGUCGGGCUCAACGAAAGUGCAGCUGAUUUCUGGACACUUAAAAUUCUUACACUGGUUGGAUACCCUGAACUUAUCCCCUUACCUGGCAUGCAGGCUCAGACAUGGCAUGAUAUGCGACGAAAUUCAUUGACCGAUUCUCUGUACGGGUCGCAUUCCGAUGUCGCACCUCACGAUAGAUGCUCCAGUCCAAUCGCUGGUCCUCUCUCACCUAGCGCCGUGUUUAGUCAUGAUGAGGAAGAUUUAGAAGCAGGAGGGAAGCGUUUGGAAGAAGAACCAAAAUUCCUUAGACUAUCAUCAAGCCCAAAGCCAUUCUGCCACGACAGCUUGUCAUCGUGCUCAAGUAGCGAUGACGAAGAGUACUUCUCGUCUUCUUCCCCUUAUAACAGGACGAGAAUUGAUUUGGACUCGACUCCGUCGCUCGCCAGUACAACCUCACAGUCAUCCGCGCGGUCUCUCCCAGAGCAUCUGGACGAGCUUCAAAAAAUCGAACGUCCGCAUCUGAACAAGAUAUCAACAACCGCUGGUCCUCUUCCAUCUAACGUGCCUUCGGCUGAACUCAGGGACGCCUUUCGUGCAAGCAGAUCAACCAGAAAUAAGGCCCUACGUGUACCUUUCUUCUCGUUCACGCGUACCGCUGAGGGAUCAUCACUCACAACUGACAUUUGCGUACUAUCUUCGCUAUUCGGACUUGAUGACCGUCACAUGGUUAUAUGCUCUGGGACAUUACUCGAAGUGGGCGAUGACCUUAACGCAUGUGGAGCUGCCGAGCAGCAAUUUGGUGUAGGUGACAAACAGAGGGUCUUUAACCUAGAAGGGAGCGAUUCGCUUGACGAAGACGAACCUGCGCCUGGAACGAUGAAAUGCCUACAGAUCGAUUUACAGAAAUUUGGUCUCGACAAAUAUGGACUGGUCAACCGUUUCUCGCGUGUGCUCGAGGAGAACGGAAUAAAUCACAUGUACAGUUCGACUUAUAAGACUGCCAACCUUCUUGUCGAUAAAAUUAACGCUGGCCGCGCAAAAGCCCUCCUCCGUUCCUGCUAAAUAUCCUGUCUGUUGUUCGACAAUUAGCCCGACUGCGGCCUGGGCUCGCAGUGCUUCUUGGGAAAUGGAAUACAGACGGUUUACCCGAUGUUCAUGCCACUUACGAUCACUCCCCACUCAUCCGUCACAUCUUGGCUUCAUUCUUGGCUUCUUCUGGUGUAUUUUACCUUUAGUUGAUUUUACUUAUUGUCUUCUCCCUUCAUUUUCAUUUCCUCACUUCAUUUAUACAUUGAGCUCAAACGUCUUUACGAUUUGAGUGCAUACAGACUCAUCCAAUCAACAUUACGCACCCUGACGUCCCCUCCAACUUACAUUUAUACACGCAUGAUCCACGUGGUAACCCACGUUUUGCACCCCUAGGUUGUAGCUACUGGAAUAGCGGAUGUAUUCCAAUUUUGUGCACAGUUGUAGUAACACAACAUAUACC